AUACACCACAUGCACAAACACCUAUGUCUUUCAUCUGUCAAACGAACUUCAGUUCAAAUAUACCCUACGCUAUGGCAUCGUCUGUUCUACAAUUAGGCCGAAAAAAGUGCAUAACAUCCGCUCCAAGGACCAUUUUAACCAUCCUUAAUCAACCAGCUAGUGCAUUCGGACUUGUUACAAACAAAUACACACAUUGGACCCAUACACGCAACCUGUCCUGUCUAACCACACAAAAUGCAAUUUCCCAAACAAACGAUCGCUAUGGGCUAAUACCCAACGGUUACCGGCAAUACUCCACCAACGACGACCAUCGACCGUCAGCACAAUUGCCAACACUGAUGGAUUUCCCAAAACUUGUUUGGCCAUCGCUGCUGAAGACAAUAAAAAAUUGGAUUUUAGUCAACUUCAUCAUACGGCCGUAUUUCGAUCAGGAGUUCAAUAUGCCGGAUUUUGUGGAUGGAACCAAACAGGCGUUGCAGGUUGUGUCAACAGCUCUCGCUUCAGGAGAACUACAGUCUUUAGAGGGUCUGGUCAGUACGGAGGCACUGGAUGAGCUGAAGAAAAAUCUGUCCGUGAUGUCAGUGAGCCAGAGGAAUGAAGUGGCUGUCAAUAAGGACGACAUUUACUUCUCGUUUCCGUAUCAGGUUGGCGUCAUAUUCGACGAGAGUAACGAGAGUGUUCAGAAGCGUUUCGUCGAAAUUACAAUGGUCUUCCAUGUGCUGCGCGGUUUGAAAGAGAUGCAAGACAAUGGUAAUCCGCCACCGCUUAAUGUUGGAAUGCUGCCGGAAUAUCGCGACAAAAUAUCCGUCUGUAACUAUCGAUUUAUCAAACAAUUUACGCAAGGCUUCGAGUCGGAUUGGACGGUCAAUGUGGCGAGCCACUACAAGCCGAUUGAUAUGGUGAAUGAGUAAUGUGAAAAGAUUUCGAACGCUUUCGGUUUGGGUCAGACGUUCAAAUGUUUCUUGUGUUGAUAGCGAACAAUAAAAAUUCUGUUAUUUA